AUGACUGAUACUCCGGAGUCGCUCAGGCGUCCACCGAGUGCCGCAGCUUCCCAUCUUCAGUAUCCGACCCUCCCGCCCCUCACGGCCUCUGUAGAGCAGUGGCUAUCCCACUCUCGCCCCACCAACAACAUGGCCUCUGAUCGUCCCUCCGAGCCUCCUCACAAGUCCUUAAGUGAUAGUUGGGCUACUCUUAGUGUUUCUGACCUACAUUCAGAGGAUGGUAGCCGGUCCGAGCAAACAGACACCGCUUCGCUAAUCGACCAAACCACCCCCGACGAUGUCGCCAGUCUCGACGAGCGAUACAGCAGCAGUGAGGCCGAUGGUCCGGAUGAGGAAUAUCGCCAUGAUCAGGAAUACGAGGAGACUUAUCGCGACGAGGCACAGAGCACCCUGGAGUCGCAACUGUUUCCCAAGCUCUAUACUCAUGCUGCGGCCAUCGACGAUAGCGGACUCACAACCAGACCUCGUCAGUCAUCCGAGUCGAUCGAAUUUCCAGAGCCCGAGAUGUGGCCAGAGAAUGAGCGGGUUGAGUUUAAGCAUACGACUCGCAUCUUCGACGAUAAAAUGGCGGCGGCAUUAAAGAGUCGACUAUCUGCCAUGUUGCUGCCAUCCAACACAACCGACUCCAUUCUCAUGGCCACAGUCCAACAAACCAUGACCAAGCACAGCUUGGACCUUGACAAGCCGUUCCGCGUGCUAUACAUUGGCCAGCCUGAAUUCCGCAAUAUCAUUCUGGACAAGAUCGGCGAUGUCUUGGUAUCCAGCUCAUCUACUGGAUCGCCGAGCAGCUCUGCUGAGUCCUCGCGCUACCAUGUUGUGCCGACGUCUUUUGGAGCGGGUGCUGUGCCCAACUUUGCCGAGUUGCUCCCUAUCCAUGUUCAGCUCGUCGUAGACGAGUGCAUGGAAGCUACUGUGGGGCCCCAGCAAGACCAGCCGAGUACCCUGCAUUUGACAUUCAAAAAUCGACCGACCUGUCGCUCGUGGUGGAACGGAGACAAAUACUGUGUUUCAUCGGCAUCAGAAUGGACUCUUCCAGACAUGGCAAUCAUCUUUGUGUCUCGCCAUGAUGAUGCUUCAGUUAAGCAAACCCAACGGCUCGCUCAUACCUUCUUGGAGCGACAUGCAAUACCCGCGAUGGUCAUCUCGGAGGAGCCGAUGUGGGAGCUUGUAGGUGACACCGUUCCGCUGAACCAGGACAGCCUCCACAUGUGUCUGGAGUCUCGAAACCCUCAGACCGGAGAAACAGCACUCCUUCAGCGUUACCCAAUCGAUCUGCAGACUUUCGAGAGUAUCGCCCCUAGUCAGCUCAAUAGAAACUUGGCUUCUUUAAUGCAGCUCUAUCCCAACAAGUUGCACAAGACAACCGCCGAUACUCCAAGCCCGGCUCAACGAUGCUCAAUCACCGACCCAGAGAAAUACCCUCUCAACUGGAUUCCCCCGGCGUAUGCCAGCAGGGCCUGUGAUGCUGCCCCGAUACUGCGUUUGGUCACACUAACCCUCAUCUCGGCGAUCGCCCUCUCAAUCGGCUAUGCCGCUGUCAAGACCGUGGUUAUUUUCCUCGCGCAGUGCAUUGCCGGGUCCACUUUGUCUCACAUAUCCUCUCCAUCACUUACUCCCAUUCCAACGACUGCAAUGAGCUUGCAGGGUGUGAGACAAACUGCCUUGUCCGUUCAUCCAGAUGGUCAACUGGGACUGCUCCAAAGCCAAUCUUCGGAUCAUUCUAUUAUAGAGCAGGUCACCGGACUUACUAUUGCAGCCUCUACAGAACCCAAGAACCCUGACAUUUUUGAAAUCCAAGUUGUUGGAGACUGCCAUGUGGUGAUUAAGCCUCCUCGAAACCUUGCAUCUUCUAAGAAGCAGGCGCGAUUUAAUGUCAGCGUUCAUCGAUACGACCAAGCCCUUCCCUAUGAGUUGUCUCAGCUAUUUCAUGAUGUCUACUCGCUGCGAUUGGACCGAGAGGAAGCGUACGGCCUGGUCAAUAUUACAGUCACUGCCAAGUCAAAGACCCCCAUCGGCCAAACUACAAUGGUCGACUUUGGCACUCCAUGGCUGAAGAUUGCCAACUGGAGACGGGCAGCCCGUAUCGUGUCUUCGCAAGUGACAAAGGAAUUGGGGGUCGUUCAAAGCAACCUCAACGAGGUCUACGGCCGACUUUCGACUGACCUGACUGACAUCUACGGCCAUAUGACCACCGACCUGACUGAUUUCUACGGGCAUCUUUCCACCGACCUCCAGUCAAUUGCGGGAGGCGUAGCCAAGAGAUCAUACCACUUGCGGGCUAACGCUGAAUGUCUUCGCUUGGAUGGCCGUCAUGCUCGAGAAAGUGUGCUGUCGAGCUCGAAGCAACUCUCGACCUUUGCCCACAGUGCUCUUGAACAAUUCCGCAGUGCUUCUUCUGUCCUACACAGCCGCUCAGCCUAUGUUGAUCAGGAGGUCAGGGCGCUGUUCGGCGAUGCGUGGAGCUUCCUGGAGAAAUCUGCUGCGAAGGUCAAUGUUCGCUCCAUGAUGGACCGAAUGCGCAGUACGAACUAUGCCACGCUGAAUCGGGCUCAGACACGCGCACGUCAGGUUGUAGGGCUUCAGUCUGCAAACUCUGAUUGCUCAGGCGAUCGCCGCAAGUGCUGA